GGGGGGGAAUUUUUUGACAGCGCAGAGAGAUCUCAUCGGGGACUGGGCAGUAGGACCCAUCCGAUCCGGGGAAAGACAGAGAAGUAGCUGGGGGAUCGGUGUCACAUUGUGGGGUUCCUGAGAGUGACAUGGACAGGCCCAGGGAAAAGUGCGCUCAUCGGCCUGGCGAAGCUGAAGGCUUGGACUUUCCCGUGAUGGCAGCAGCCCCGGAUCCGGGCGCGGGCGCAGAGCCGCGACUCUGGCAAGCCGGAUGCCCUCUGUGGAUGAAAGAUGUAUCAUGGAAUGAACCCGAGCAAUGGAGAUGGAUUUUUAGAGCAGCAACAGCAGCAGCAGCCUCAGUCCCCCCAGAGACUCUUGGCGGUGAUCCUGUGGUUUCAGCUGGCGCUGUGCUUUGGCCCUGCACAGCUCACGGGCGGGUUUGAUGACCUUCAGGUGUGUGCUGACCCAGGCGUGCCCGAGAAUGGCUUCAGGACACCCAGCGGAGGGGUUUUCUUUGAAAGCUCUAUUACCCGAUUUCACUGCCAAGACGGAUUCAGGCUGAAGGGCUCUACAAAGAGACUGUGUAUGAAACAUCUUAAUGGAACCCUAGGUUGGAUCCCAAGUGAUAAACCUGUCUGUGUGCAAGAAGAUUGCCGUAUCCCCCAAAUUGAAGAUGCUGAGAUUCACAACAAGACAUACAGACAUGGAGAUAAGUUAAUCAUCACGUGUCACGAAGGAUUCAAGAUCCGCUACCCUGACCUGUACAACAUGGUUUCAUUAUGUCACGAGGACGGUGCAUGGGACAACCUGCCCAUCUGUCAAGGCUGCCUGAGACCACUCACCUCUUCUAAUGGCUAUGUGAACAUCUCUGAGUUCCAGACCUCCUUCCCCGUGGGAACUGUGAUCUCCUACCACUGCUUUCCUGGAUUUAAGCUUGAGGGGUCAGAGUAUCUCGAGUGCUUACACAACCUUAUCUGGUCAUCCAGCCCACCCCGGUGCCUUGCUCUGGAAGUUUGCCCGCUACCUCCAAUGGUGAGUCAUGGUGAUUUCAUCUGCCACCCGCGGCCUUGUGAGCGCUACAACCAUGGAACUGUGGUGGAGUUUUACUGCGAUCCUGGCUACAGCCUCACCAGUGAUUACAAGUACAUCACCUGCCAGUACGGGGAGUGGUUUCCUUCCUAUCAAGUCUACUGCAUCAAGUCAGAGCAAACGUGGCCCAGCACCCAUGAGACCCUCCUGACCACAUGGAAGAUUGUAGCAUUCACGGCGACCAGCGUGCUGCUGGUGCUGCUGCUCGUCAUCCUGGCCAGGAUGUUCCAGACCAAGUUCAAGGCCCACUUUCCCCCCAGGGGCCCUCCAAGGAGUUCCAGCAGUGACCCUGACUUUGUGGUAGUGGAUGGCGUGCCCGUCAUGCUCCCAUCCUACGACGAGGCUGUGAGUGGUGGCUUGAGUGCCUUAGGCCCUGGGUACCUGGCCUCGAUGGGCCAGGGCUGCCCCUUGCCUGUAGAUGACCAGAGUCCCCCAGCAUACCCCGGCUCAGGGGACAUGGACACGGGCCCAGGGGAUUCAGAAACCUGUGACAGUGUCUCGGCCUCUUCCGAACUACUCCAGAGUCUCUAUUCAACCCCCAUGGGCCAAGGGGGCACCCUCCCAGCCUCUGACGACCCUGACACGAUUGCCAGCACAGCAGGGGAGGUGGCAUCCACCAGCCCAGGCAUCGACAUCGCAGAUGAGAUUCCUCUAAUGGAAGAAGAUCCAUAACCAGGAAAGGUCCUGAUGACUCUAUUGCCCAUUUGGGGAUGGGAACCUUAUACCAUGGAGUGAGACCACAGAAGGACAGAGCUUGGGAGAAUGAGGGAAGUUUUCUGAUUUAUCUCCAUGACACUGAUUCACAUGGCACAUCUCGGACUCAAUAGCGAGGCUGACAAACUGCAGUGGCAGUGCUUUUAAAUGAGACUUGAGGAUUUGCCAAAACCAAGGGGGAACAAAGGGAUGAGAGGGACCCCUGUGUGUUCCCAGAAGAAGGUGUUAGCGUGUCUCAUGCUUCAGAACAUGGGACGAUUCCACACACAUCCCACUGAAUCCCACAUCCCAUUGACUUACGUAUGAGUGCCACCUGCCUCCUCUGAAAGCAUGUCACAUUAUGUAAAUCCGCUUCUAAAAUAAGCUUCAAACUGUCCAUCCAAAUUAGGAUGGAUCAGCCUCUGCGGGAAGUCUGAAGAGCAGGAGAACGCCCCCUGCAGGCUCCUAAAGGGAAGGUUCUUGUGUGAGUUGGACCAUCUUCCUUGAACUGGACAACUCUACUCAAAGCAAAUCUAAAACCGCAUGUGGCAGUUCCGAUGCAAAAGGGAAGGAAAGACUCAGGCCGACUCUGCUUUCUGGAAAUUUCUUCAAAAAGCAGAAUUCAUGUACUCUGUGCUGUCCUUCAGUGAAAUAUUGUCAGUAUUUGUAUUUAUGGUCUAGCACAUGAAUCCAUGGCACUGGAUAAAUCAUGUGACUUUGAAAAUGGUCAGAAUGUGUUCAGAUUCAUCUCAUGAUGGAGAAGGUAACCAAGGUAAUGUUUUGUUUCUGUGUUUUCAAAGGAUUAUCUGAAUCAUGAGCCUCUCCCCAGUUAACUUUGUUGCCCUACUCCCAAAUUCAGCCAAACUUUCACUUUCCAAAACAGAAAUUGUUUCUGUGAACACUUUCCUCCUCCAAAUAAAUUGUGAGGUUGAAGUGUUCCCCCUUUUAAUUGGUCCAGCAGUGUCCACAGGCUGGACUCUCAGCCCCAAGACAGCUCUGCCCUUCGGCUUUCAGGCCUUCGGCUGCCCCACCUGCCUGCCAGUUCUGCUUUCCUCCUGUGCAGGGCUCUGGUGCCACCAGGCAUUGUUCCCAAGAAAAUGAUUGAUUAAAGAAUUCCCCGAGUCCCACAGUGUCUCUUUAAAUACAUGUCGAUCCAUGCUGUUGAUUCUUUUUCUCCUCUGGGUUUUAGACAAAUAUAAACAAAACUCUGAUCCGUAAAAUUGCUAUGCUGAUAGAGCGGAAGGAGCUGGAAGCUUGAUCAAAUCCUGUUUCUUCUUGACACAGACUGAUUAAAAAUUGAAAAGAAAAUGACAGUUUGAAGCGUGACUUUAAUAGUAGAAUGGAGUCAGGUAGGCAGGGAGGGCAGUGACAGCAUCCAUGGUGAGGGAGGUAAAGCAGAGGAGGGAAGUUAAGAAAGUUAAGAGGCUAAAGGAGUAACCUGGGGCUUUUGCCUCACCCGGUACUUGGGAGUAGCUCCACCAGCAGAUCAGUGUAGCGUGCUGGGCAUGUUGGUGACUGGUUAGGAAGGGUAGCUUCCUUUAGUGGUGGCCUUACUUGUCACUGGCACAACUUCGUACCACAAGCCCUGUGGAAGGAGCUGGCUUUCGUGAAUACCUGCUUAUGUGGCACUGGGCCUGCCAAGAGAGAGGUGGCUGGGCGGCUGGUGGAGGAGGUCCAGGGUGCAUUGUGGGCAACCUCCCCCAGCAGUCUUCCCAGAGCCGGUCUUAGCCAGGUCACCAUGCCCCCUAAAUGGAUAGUGAGUCUCAGAGAUCACCAGGUAAGUGCUUCAUUUCCCAAAGGAGAGGUGGAAAAAAGCAAGCAGGGCUGUCUCUGGGGCUCUUCCUUCUAGAAAAUACUCUCCCUCCCAAAGUAGAGAGCAGCAGAGUACAGUCUCUUUACCUACCAGCGGAGUACAUAGGUGCCUCUCCAGCCUUCCCAUGCUGGGGGACACGUACCACAGGUACCACAUACAUCCAGGUAUUAGUCUUGUCAUUAUUCUAAAAGGAAGAAAAUGCGUGUAGGAAGAAAAUGCCUGACUACUAGCAGCAGCAGACAGCGCCUAGCCAGAACAUUUGGACCUUCCCCUCCAUCCCUUUGGCUUGUGGCUCUCUUGUCCAUAAAUGUUGUUUACCAUGACUGACUUACUUCAUCAUAGGGAGCUUUUGUGGCAGUAAAGAAUCCUCACAAUAUCCCCAGCAUGUCGUGAUUCUGACUGUUAUGAUUUAAGAGUCCCAGAGGCCCUCAAGGCGUGAAUGGAAUGAUCUUUCUCACAUGCCUCAGGGAUUAGCUGGUAUGAGAACAAACAGGCGGCCUUGUGGGCUGGCACCUAGAGGGGUGUGGAGAGAGAACCUAAGGGCUUUCUACCUUGGGAGAAAGAUGCAUCUUCAGGACUCUGGGCAGGAGCGUGCUGCUGAGGUCCCAGGGUGCCGUUGCAGCUCACAGACAGGUCUCUAGGAUCUGCAAAGCGGGGGGUUCUAGCUGACUUAUUCCCUGUCAAAAGCAUGGCAGAAGUCACAGGCUGUCUUCACACUUCAUGUAGCUUUUUUUUAAUUGCAAGUCUGUGACUCAUUGGUGUGGGAUCUUUAGAACUUUUCCUGCCUGAUGAUACCCGUCCCAGCAGCUGCCACAUGGGCAAGGUGGCCUCCUGCUCCUGCAGAGAUGUUCAUCCCAGGCCACACAGCAGGCCUGGCAGUUGGGGCAAAUGCAGAGGUUCACAGCCACAGCUUGCCAGCUGGUCCAGCUGCUUCCCCAACUCCUUUGCUAGCCACUCCAGGCCUGGCAGGCCAGAUAGCCCUCCUCCCCAAGUCUCGCCCCAGUGCCUCAGUGUGCUUCUUGAGGUCGUCCACAUCAUGGGAGGAUGUGGGCUUUGCGACCACCUGACUUCAGAGCCCUCUCCCACCCCACCCCCUAGGAGUAGUCACCCUCCCUGGGUCUCAGUUUCUCCGGGUGUAAAAUAGAGUUGGGUUACCAUUGCCUUCCUUGCUGGAUAUGGUGUGGAUGACAGCUGAUGUAAGUCACAUCACACCAUAGACUUUUUAUAAAUGGCUGGGUGCUCCCUGUGUGUGAGGGAGAGUGUCCUGUGGGUGGCUCAUUCAGGCACACCUGUGUCCUGCUUGGCCACUGCCACCCUCUAGUGCAUUUGCAGGUGAUGCUUGUUCAGGGCUGCCCCCAAGAAGCUGGCUGUGAUAUGAAUGUUCCCAUGGAUCCCCCUCCCAGGAGCCCCCUCCAGCUUCUGUUGGCUAAACUUUUCUGUACAGAGGAGGUUUGCAGCCCUUGACCAUUUGCCUCCCAACACACUCCUUCUCUGCAAAUGCUCAGAAAGUUCUGAUAGGGAGGGUAGAACAACCUCAGAAAUUUCCCCAGGGACCCUGAAGGACUCAGAUUCCUUCCACAGGCAACCCCGUAGAUUAAGACUAGCCCACUUCUCUAAUUUUACUGUUUAUUUUGGAUUUAAUACAUAAAAAUUAAUGCCCAUGCUUUUCCAACGUGAUAAAGGGGAAGGUCGAGAGUAAAGAUGCCUGGCCUGGCAGCAGGAACAGGACUCCAGGGAGCAGCAGGCACUUAGCAGGGAGGGCAGAUGCUUAGCUCGAAAGGCUCUGAGAUCAUAAAAUCUAACGCGGUGUGCAGCGCCUACGCAGCCGUGUUUAACUGAGACGGCAGGCCGUGUACCCUCACAACACCGGACUGGAAAUCAGUCCCUGGGUACCUGCAAUGCAGUUUUAAGCGGCCCAUUUACCUGUGGAAGAGCUUCAACCUGCUUUGUUUAGAAGCUUCAUCAAGGCAUUUAGAGCCAGCGGGAACCCUGGCCCCUGGUCCUCAGAAGCGGCCAAGGAAACCCAAUCGCCAUAAAGAUUUGAGGCCAAGGUGAUGGGACAGCACCUGAGAGAGAUAAUAAGGAGACUAAUGUCUUCUGCUUGGGGCCUAGAAGAAUUUAUAUUUAUAGACCCUCAUUUUAGUCACUAAAUAUUUAGUAAGUAUCUGCUAUUUGGCAGGCCCUGUCUUCGCUCCAGGACUGGAGGCAGCUGCUACAGACCAGGGCCGGAGCAGGAGACUCAGACCCAGGCCCGCUCAGCUGAGGUUGCCCACAGGCAAAAGCAGCCAAACUGGGAGUGGCAGAGCUGGGGAGGGGUGCGGGGGCACCUGAGGUCCAGGUGGGUUUGGGAAGUACAGAGGGUUGUAUGUCCUGGGCCUAGACUUUGGGGUAGAGAGCAGG